AUGGAGCAGAUUACUUCAAGAAUAAAUAAUGACGACACUGUGCGCUUUAACAUAAUAAGAAGGAAUGUGUGGGAUGGAGCUUCCAGAGCCAUGUGCCGAUCCAAUUUUGCGCCAGAAAAAAAGAUGGAUAUAAAGUUCACAGAUGAUUAUGGAAUAUCCGAGGGUGCUGUUGACAAUGGAGGACCUACCCGGGAGUUUUUCCGGUUAUGCCUUCAUGAAAUCAAGGAUAAUAUCGGAAUCUUUGAGGGUCCACCUAAUGCUAGAGUUCUCACAUGCAAUUCCAGAGCAAUGAAAGACAACGGAUACUUCCGUGCUGGUCAGAUCAUGGCCAUGUCACUUGCCCAUGGGGGACAGAGUCCGUGCUUCUUAUCUGAUGUUUUGUAUGAAUGUCUUCAAAAGGGUCCAGACAAUGUAAAGGCCAAAAUCGAACAUAUUAGUGAUGAUGAAACAAGGUCACAGGUGCAAUCGAUUUUGGAAGCUGAGACAGACUCGCAAUUGGAAGAUGCAGUUGCUAGGGCAGCCAAUUUGAUUAGUCUUGCUGGUCAUAAUGUGCACGUGACACUGAAAAACAAAGAAGAGACUGCAAUAGACUUGGCUCAUUGGUAUGUCCUCCAGCGGACCCGUGCACCUUUUGAAAGGUUUUGUGAUGGCUUAAAAGCUCUUGGUGUCCUAGACGCUCUCCAGAGAUACCCUCUGCAAAUGAUGUGUCUCUUCAUGAAGCCUGAAAAGGCUUUAACAGCAGCUGACCUGGAGAGUCUGUUUCAAAUAAUUCAUUCUGAAAGGGGGAGUAAUCGAUUUCAACAGGAGUGCCACACCCUUGCUUUUUGGCAAGACUAUCUUCAGGAUGCUGAAUUUGAGAAAGAUGUCUCGCUGGAAGAAAUUCUUGUUUUCUUCACUGGAUGUGACCGCAUUCCUGCACUUGGUUUCUCUCCAAAGCCAUCCCUCGAGUUCAUCACCUAUUCACGAUUUCCAGUGGCCAAUACUUGUGAAAAUAUUCUUCGCAUUCCGAUACAUUCUUUCAAUUCUCUGGUUAUGUACACUACUUCCAACCAUGAAACUACCCCGGUUUCCACCACGAUUCUCAAUCAUAAAUCGUGCAAUAUUGAUGUUCUCACCACCAGCAUCACCCCUGACAUGAUAUGGAAGUCCAAAAUUAUUGACAGCAUCCUGGAAAAGUUGCAGGGCAGUUGA